UCAUUGUGAGCCGCUGCCUGCUUUGCCGGACCCAUGGGUAGACGAAUAGAUUUUGCCGUAUAUCGGUAAUAUGGGCUUAUAAACAGGACGACUGUCCAUCACUCCAUGAUCCAUAGUCCAAUCUCUCUGCUUAAACAUGUCUCUCGCAGCAUCUGAAGCAAUCACUCUAGUGGAAGUAAUCUUCGAAGAAAACUAUGCUUUGAUUGCUGGUGCAGCACUCAUAUUCUUCGACCAUGUCAUAACAUUCGGCCAAGAGGUCCAGCUGUUCUGGGGCGAGCGAUCGUUCUCCGCAUGGUUGUUCUUUGCCAAUCGGAUGCUUGCACUGGUCUAUGCUAGCCUUUCUGUCUGGUCCGUCAUGAACUUUUACACAGUAAAGUUGUAUGGCGAACGUCAUGGCGAACAAUGCGGUCUUCGAUUUCAUUGCGAUAAUCUCAGAGGUGGUUACGAUGUUACGAGUAUACGCCGUGACAGAUGCCUACACUGCGAGUCCUAUACUUCAACCGCCAGCACCAUGACGCUUGUAAUUCUCUGGCGCAAGCUAUAUGUUGACCAUAGACCAGCCACUGCUGAUAUCCUGUCUACGAGGAAUCCGCCGCUCGCAGCGCUGCUCCUCAGAGACGGGACAAUCCAACUGACCGCAAUACUGCUACUGAACUUGCUACUGACCGUAUUGUCAUUCGUGAACUCCACUGUUGUGAACGUCGUCGCAAGUUUGGAAUACUCACUCAUUCCCAUCCUGGUCUCUCGUGUUCUUCUCAACGUCCGAGCCGCAGCGCGAUCCACACGCGGAGAACAAUCCCGAACGCCCUCCUUCGUCCGGUCGCGGCGUGGAGUCCAGACACAAGACGACGUCGAAAACAUGUCGUUCGAAUCAAACAUCCUCAACAGCACCGAACAAGCCCCGGAGGGCGAUCGCUCUCACCCGCAAGAGUCUAUUGAACAUGGCGAAAUUGUUGCUGAACUGCGAAGCACGGCGAACGAUGUUGCUACUGCCGGCGAUGCUCAACAGGACGUGAACGAGGGAGAGGCGAUGGACGAUGAAGUCGAGGAAGAGAUGCUGUCGGAUUGGGAGGAUGGCGAGUAAGCGGAGAGAAUGGUUUGCUCGCAAUUUGUGAGUGGCACGUCAGCCUUCGUAUG